UAUUACACAGGUAUCAGAAAAAGAGGAUAUUAACAGAUUGAUAAUUUUCCUUUUUAGGGAUUUAAAACGCGAUGUUGCAAAGAAAUUGGAGAAAUUAGAAAGACGCACACAAAGAGCUAUUGUUGAAUUAAUACGUAAGUAUUCUGUAGAAUUCAUGAAGUUAGGUUCGAAGAGUUUAUGUUUUGAUUAUGAGAACCUCUGAGUAUUUUCAUAAAAUACACAAUUUUCGUUGUUUCACUAAAGGCCCAUCUACACGAUACGACUAGUCGUAUACGAUUCUUAUCCUGGCGUAUGAAAACGAUUGCUGACGCCACUAUUCCUGUUCACCAGUUUAUUAUUAUUAUUGUUAUUAUUAUUGACUUUAUUGACACUCCCCUAAAGGGGCUUUUCAGUGACAAAAAUAUAUAUACAUAUCAAUUAAUUACUAUAAUUAUACAUCAGAUCCUAAAUUCAUAUAAUAAGAUCACGCAAUUACUUUAUACACAAACACAACAUCAAAUUCUUGACAACAAGAUUAACAACAGCAACGUACAUCAACAUCAUCAACAACGACAGCAAAAACAACAACAACAACAACAACAUCAACGACAAUAACAACGACAACAGAAAAACAUGCCCUUAGGCUAACUAUCUAGAAAUUGCUUAUGUUAAAUUAUCUAGAAUUCUAACUAUCUAGAAAUUGCUUACAGUUUAUGGCGAAGUUUGAAAUGUGACAUCUUUACACGCAUAUAUUCGAGUACAUACGCCAGGAUAAGAAUCGUAUACGACUAAUCGUAUCGUGUAGAUGGGCCUUAAUGUAAUGUUGGAUAUUUAAUUUCGCCCUUCGUUGUUUUACCAAAUUACAUGCGUAGUAAUUACGUACAUUUUACGUAGAAAAAGUUUUUGUAGAUGGAAUUUCGUGCGGACGUUCUUGUGGUAAAAGCUCGACAACUGGCCUCUGUAAAGCUCAGUUGGUUAGCGCGCUGCCGACCUUAGAGCAACCUUGUACCCAGCGUAGUGGAAAGAGCCUGGGUACGAGGUUGACCUUAGAGCAGUAUAAUUAUUUUUGCAACACUUGCUUCUAGAGCUGCAGAUUAUGAAACAAAACUCGAAAUAAAACUUGUAUUUUUGUGUAUAUUUUCAGGUUCUCGCCUUCAAGGUGAAGAAAAUCUUGCAGAUGUUGUCAAUGCUGGAGCUACAGAACAAGGAUUUGAUGCUGAAUAGCGUUUGACUAGUCGUACUGCACAGUUCACGCAGAUGUACAAUUAAGAAAUGAACUAUGUGUUAUAAAAUGUUUUGGGUGCUUUAGAGUUGGGAUAAAACUGGAGAACUGAAACGGGAUAAAAAAACCAGGAUAAAACUGGAGAAAACAAGGUGUGAAAAUGGCGUGGUUCACCUACGUAAGCGUCUGGUCUAGUUGUGCUUUGCUACAGAUUACAUCACGGCAUAUUGAGAUCAUGAAUUUACAGUAAAUUUCCUAAUUUUACGACCGAUAUUGGGUUGAAAACAUUUCCUUGGUGUGGACCAUAGGGCAUAGGUGCAGACUUUUUGUGACUUUGGUUGUUGAUCAUUGAAGACUGUUUUAUUACCGCUGUCAUUCUUUCCUUAGUCAAAACAUUGCAUAUUCUCAACUGAAUACAACUGCUUAUCUAAAACUGCAUGUACCCUAUAUUUCUAUGAUGUGCGAUAUCCUAACAAACAUACUAACAAAUAUAUGUAAGUGUAGCUAUGUGGUAAAUGUUAAAGCAAUUCGCGAAAUUGUAUUUUAGUUAGUGUAAAUAAAAAAUAUUCCAUCAA